AGCACCCGCCCGGGGCGCCUUCCCAGGUCCCAGUCGACCCUGCGUCCAUUCAGAUGCUUCCCAGUCACUCCUCUUCCAGUGGCUUCCAGGCUACCUUGCGCGCCCGUCGCCCCCCACACCUCAGGGUCAGGUCCCUUGGCGGCUUUCCCCUUUUCUCGGUCCGAAACCGAGGGGGCUGAGAGCGACGUCUGCGUCCGGGACAUAUUUGGAUUUGAGCUGAAUAUUGGAAUUCAUCUACACAUAAAAUGCCACCAGCAGUUGGAGGUCCAGUAGGAUAUACCCCCCCAGAUGGAGGCUGGGGGUGGGCAGUAGUAGUUGGAGCUUUCAUUUCCAUCGGCUUUUCAUAUGCCUUUGCCAAAUCCAUUACUGUGUUCUUCAAAGAAAUUGAAGGUAUAUUCAAUGCCAGCACUAGCGAAGUGUCGUGGAUUUCCUCCAUCAUGUUAGCGGUCAUGUAUGGUGGAGGCCCGAUCAGCAGCAUCCUGGUGAAUAAAUAUGGCAGCCGUCCAGUGAUGAUAGUUGGAGGCUGUUUGUCAGGCUGUGGCUUGAUUGCAGCUUCUUUCUGUAACACCGUUCAGGAGCUUUACUUGUGUAUCGGAGUCAUUGGAGGUCUUGGGCUUGCCUUCAACUUGAAUCCAGCUCUGACCAUGAUCGGCAAGUAUUUCUACAAGAGAAGACCACUGGCCAAUGGGCUGGCCAUGGCAGGCAGCCCUGUGUUCCUCUCUACGCUGGCCCCUCUCAAUCAGGCUUUCUUUGGUAUCUUUGGCUGGAGAGGAAGCUUCCUAAUUCUUGGGGGCUUCCUGCUAAAUUGUUGUGUAGCUGGAGCCCUAAUGCGACCCAUAGGGCCUAAGCCAACCAAGCCAAGGAAAGUUAAAGCUAAAGAAUCUUUUCAGGAAGCUGGAAAAUCUGAUGCGACUAAAAGUGGAAGUGAUGCAAACACAGAUCUUAUUGGAGGAAACCCCAAAAAGGAGAAACAAUCAGUCUUCCAAACAAUUAAUAAAUUCCUGGACUUAACUCUGUUUACCCACAGAGGCUUUUUGCUAUACCUCUCUGGAAAUGUGCUCAUGUUUUUCGGACUCUUUUCACCUUUGGUCUUUCUUAGUAAUUAUGGCAAGAGUAAGCAUUAUUCUAGUGAGAAGUCUGCCUUUCUUCUUUCCAUCCUGGCUUUUGUUGACAUGGUAGCCAGACCAUCUAUGGGACUUGUAGCCAACACAAAGUGGAUCAGACCUCGAGUUCAGUAUUUCUUUGCUGCUUCUGUUAUUGCAAAUGGAGUGUGUCAUUUGCUAGCACCUUUAUCCACCAGCUACAUCGGGUUCUGCAUCUACGCUGGAUUCUUCGGAUUUGCCUUUGGGUGGCUCAGCUCAGUGUUGUUUGAAACACUGAUGGACCUCAUUGGACCCCAGAGGUUCUCCAGCGCCGUGGGACUGGUGACCAUUGUGGAAUGCUGUCCUGUCCUCCUGGGGCCACCGCUUUUAGGUCGUCUCAAUGAUAUAUAUGGAGACUACAAAUACACAUACUGGUCUUGUGGAGCAAUCUUAAUUGUCGCAGGCAUCUAUCUCUUCAUCGGUAUGGGCAUCAAUUAUCGACUUCUGGAAAAAGAACAAAAAGCAGAGUCAGAGAAAAAGGAAAGUAAAGAAGAGGAGACCAGUAUAGAUGUUGUUGAAAAACUAAAAGAAGUUAAUAAAGCAGCAGAAUCUCCCGAGCAGAAAGGCACUGAAGGAGGGCCCAAAGAGGAAGAAAGUCCAGUCUGAACCCCUGGGCUUACGGGUAAAUGGAGCAGAUUGUGACCCAAGAUAUCUUGACAAUAUUCUACUGGCCUGUAAUCUACCAGUGGUGCUCAAUGAAGAUGGUGGACGUUUCUGUGGAAAUCAUACUAGGUGUCAUUGAUGGGAUUUUUGAUUCACUCCCUACCAAUAGCCUGAAUUAAAAAUGCCAUAUGUUUUGGGGAGGGAGUGGUUAGCAAAGGAUGAGAGAGGAAGUAGGUUUUUUGUUUUAUUUUAUUUUAAUCUUAGCUUUUAACAGUGUCAUGAAGAUUAUAAUAUGUGCCUUAAGUUUUAGUCUUUAGAACUCUCUAGAGAGCCUUAACUUUUUAAACCAUUCUGCUGAAUUCAUCUAUUUUAAGCAUUGUGUUAAAAGGAAAAAUAACAACUAACUAGUUUGAGGCAAGUCUAAAAAAUUAAUUCUGCUUCAUUGUUAUUUGUAAGGUAUCAUCAGAGAUUGUCACUGGAAGACUUAAGAAUAGAAAUAAUUGGUUAAAAGUUGAAAGUUUAUAAAUGCUGACUAGAAUAUUUUCCUAGCAUCAAUAAUUGCCUGGCAUACGUGCCUGUUAGCUAUAUAUUUAGGAAAUUUAAAACAAAACAUUGGGAAAAUGUUGCCACUCUAGCCACAUUGUACUUGUCAACACCUCUCAGAUACCUUUUCUUAGGAUGCUUAUUAGAAGCCCAGUGCUUAAGGAUUGUUUUCAUUAAAUUAUUACUUUUACUCCUCCGUUUAAGACACAUUUUGAGUGACUAUAGAUCACUCCCCCUUUUGAAAUCACUUGGUAAUAUUUUUCUCAUGUAAAGUUAGUAUUACAAUGUACAAAAUUAUAUAUUUGUGCCUCCUUAGUAAACACAACACAUCUAAUUAAACAUAGGCAGAUCAUUUAAACAUCAACUAAAUUCAGCUUAGGUUUUCCCAAAACCUCAGUUAAACUGUGAGACUUGGAAUCUCCCCCACCCUGGAAUGUUUCCCCUUUGAUUCAUACUGGUUCCAUUUAUAUCUACUGCUGGCUUAGAGCUGUGUGUGAGAUAUUCAGUCUGUGUGUUUGGUGGUUUUGUUUCUUGUUUUUGUUUUUUUUUCCCCCUCAGUGUUUGAAAAUUAAUGAGGGCCAGAAAAAUUUGGUCCUUGGCAAACCAAUAAAGAUAAAAUUGGGAUGGCA